CUGAAGAUUAUUCAUAUAUUAUGCAAUGUCAUAAUAUAAAGCCAAGAUACAAAAUUUUAAAGGAAUUAUUAGAUAAUAUAAAACAUUGUCAAAAUGGAUUUAUCAAAUCUGGAGAGGAGAAGAAGAUAAUAGGAUAUAAAGCUAGGCUCUCGACUAAUAUAAACCACUUUGAAGUUUUACCAGAUAAAUCAGCAGAGAUGGGACAAUCAAAGAUUCAAAGUUCUACUUCCUCAUGUGCAAUAAAAAAAAGUGUCUCUUCCAUAGACAAUACAUCUAAGAGAAAGGCUGAUCUUGAAAAAUUAAUGAAAGAUACUGAAAAAUUAGCUCCUAUUCUUCCAUCUUUGUCUCAGUAA